AGGCUGCACGUGACUCAGGAGAUGACGGAAGAAGGAGCAGUGAGCUGUGGGUCGGUUCGUGCCUUAAAAAUGGACUUUAUUACGCUUUUAUUUAUUAUAAUCUCGCUGUCUGCCUGCAGCGCCCAGGUGCCUGUAGUCCUGUGGAGCAGUGAAGGGCACAGUUUGUCAGCCCUGUCUGCACCAGCAGCCGGUGAGAUCGUCUCCGGUGGGAAGUUGGCGUCUUAUCUGAAAUCUGCUCUGAAAACCUCCCCCCACACUGUGGUGCUCUUUCUUCAGGACCAGUUAAGCAUUGAUGAUUUCACUGUAUAUGGUGGUGUGUUUGGGAACAAGCAAGACAGCGUCUUCAAAAACGUGGAGGCAGCAUUAGAGGCGUCUUCACACCUGGUAGUGCCUGCUGUGGCCUGGUCUGCCGCUGGUUCAGUGCAGGAGCUCUUUCAGGAGGUGCUUGGGGUUGCAGGGCUCCAUGUUGAUUCAGCAGAACUCGCCCAGCUUCAGCUGAGCUCAUCACAGCCUUCUCUCCUGGUUCUGAGCCUCCCCUAUGCCUCUGGCCCUGAGUCAAAGGAGUUUCUUAGAAAAAAUGAUGAGACCAUUGGGGAUGCCUUGACUUUACUGAAGGCUCAGAAAGUGCCUUACACUGCUGUUUACACAGGCCUGAGACCUUCCCAUGUGACCGAGGAGGCCCACAUGGCUGAAGGGUUUGGGGGACGCUCGCUCCUACAGACCCCAGAACCAGCCGUGAAGGAGCCAGUUAUGUUUAACAGCACCGGUGGGCCGUGCAUUCUGUUCUGGGCUGAUGCUCUGAACGUCAGCUUUGAGAAAGGAGCCUUUUUUGACCUGGCCCCAUUAACUUUCAACAAAUCCGUUACCCUGGAUGGCUCUUUCUGUAACGAAUCUACGUCCAGACUUGUCUUUAAUUACAAAGAUGUUAUGGGUUAUCCGACCUUCCAACUGAUCUUCAGCAUGAGUAAGAUCUUCUUCCCCGUUUCCGCUCGUAACUGGAUGGUAAUGGAGCACGUUGAGCUGAACUAUAACGGACAGAGGGCCCUCUUUAACGCCAGCCGUGGCGUCUACACUCCUGCUGAGUAUUCCUUCCACUGCCAGAGAGUGAGCAGCGUUGAGAGCCCGCUCCUGGUGCCCAACUCUACUUUGGACAACGCCACCAAGUGGACGAUAAUGUUCACAAACUUCCAGAUCCAGAGCUUCAACGUGACGCAGAAUUUCGCGUACGCCAGCGACUGUGCGAGCUUCUUCACCCCGGGUAUCUGGAUGGGGUUGCUGACCACCCUGCUCAUGUUGCUCAUCCUCACCUACGGCCUGCACAUGAUUAUGCAGGUGCGCACCAUGGACCGCUUCGAUGACCCUAAAGGCCCGGCGAUUUCAGUGCCUCAAAACGAGUAACAGAUCCAAAGAGUUCCUGCCGGGACUUUAAUCAUCAUCAAGCUUAGCUUUCAUUCUUUGCACUUUUUCAUUCUUUUUUUACUUCUUUUUUUUUCCACUGUGUUCUGACACAGGGCUCAGUUUCUCUGCUUUUAACUGUAUUUGAUCAUUACUGUAACAGUGGUACUUAUGGUUCUCAUAUCUCUUACCUUUUUCCCUUUAAAUGACUGACUGUUCCAGGCUACCAGGUUUGUUUUGUGAUGAACACAUUUCUAAUAUUAUUAAAAAAAUAAUAAUAUUUGAGUCUUAAGCCAAAUAGGAUUAGUUUUAUCUGAGGAGGUGGAGUUAAAAGAUUAUUAUUAGAUGAUUUCAGUAAUUUUAGGGAUUUUAGUCCCAACUAAAUACACAAUAAUAGUCAUUUUUAUGAACUGUGCCCUCCUGAACCACAUUUAGCUCAUAUUAAUCCCACAUAAAUUGUCAUGUGUGGAAAUAUUUCAUGUUUCACUACAAGAUUUCUCCUUUAAAAUGUUUUAAUGGAAAAGUUAUUUAUUGGAAAAAACGUAUAUGCAUCACGAUUUAAUACAUCGCAAUAUACUUCGAUACUGUGAGACGAUAUUUACAAUAGUUUCUGAUUUACGUAUUCUAAUUACUUUACAUUUUAUCCAAUCAGAACAGUGGGAUCUAACAGUAACCGAGUACAACACUGCCAUCUAGUGGCCGGUGUUUCAACACAACACUUAAUGAACCCCUGUCUUAGAUCAAAUCGAUGCAGUAUUCCUAAAUGAAAUUCUUUACAAUAUUUUCGAUAUUUUAAUAUUUUUUACCACCACUAUUUAUUAAAAAUAAUAUAUAUAUAUAUAUAUUCCUCCACUUCUACAUGUAAAACUAAUCCUGUCCAAAUAGGGCUUUAUUUUAUACAGUUAUUAAAUCUGUGCUGUGUUUUGCAGAAUUGCAAAAUGUAGUCAUGCCAAAUAUGCUAAUGAAGUGCCCUUUUAUCAUAAAAAAAAAAAAGAAUUAUCAUUUAUUUGUCAACUACUGAAGUAAGUGUCCUCUAAUACUGUAUAAUCCUUUAGUGCCAUUCAAGUGCCAUUCAUCUUCGAGUGCCUCUAGUUUAUAUUGUUCAUUUUUGACCCUAAACUGUGCUGUAAAGCCUCUAAUUCUGCUUGAUCCUUUAUUAUCUUUUCUAUUCUGUUUAUGUUGGUUAAGAUGGAGUAGACCGAAAAAAAAAAAAACCUUAUACUGUCAUUUCUUUCACUUUUCUUCACGUUUUUACAUGUUUUUCCUUCUAAAAGCCUGUUAAAUCCUAGCCGAUGUCUGUUGAAUGCUGAAUGAAAGGCUCGGCUGCUGUUUUCUGAUCUCAGUUUGCUCUUGGUGAAUGUUAUAAAUGUUUAAAUUGAUGAAGUUGAUGAGUUUGUUGGUAAUUUAAGAGAUGUAUGUGUAUAUUUGUGCCAAUUGAAGUGCUCUUCUUAUGCAUGCUGAUGGAUGUGGACAGAGAUUAUUGCAGUGUGAUAUGAAAGGAUGUUUUAUAGGCUUGCCUGACAUCUGCCUGCAUGAGUGUCAUGUGAAUGUCUGAGUAUGAAAUAAAACUAUUUAUACGUA